AUGGACGGGCCCGCCGAGCCCCGGGCCCAGGGCCUGUGGGGCACCUACGAGAACAACAUCUCCGAGAUGAGCCGGAAGCUGUCGGGCGAGUACUUCCGCUACAAGGGCGUCCCCUUCCCCGUGGGCAUCUACUCCCCGGAGAGCAUCCGGCUCACGGAGGACGCCGAGGUGCAGGACGACGACAUCUUCAUCGUCACCUACCCCAAGUCAGGCACCAACUGGAUGAUCGAGAUCCUCAGCCUGAUCCUGAAGGACGGCGACCCCGCCUGGAUCCGCUCGGUGCCCAUCUGGAAGCGGGCGCCCUGGUGCGAGACCAUCAUGGGCGCCUUCAGCCUCUCGGACCAGUCCAGCCCCCGCCUCAUGAGCUCCCACCUGCCCAUCCAGCUCUUCACAAAGGCCUUCUUCAACUCCAAGGCCAAGGUGAUCUACAUGGGCCGGAACCCCCGGGACGUGGCCGUGUCGCUGUACCAUUACUCCAAGAUCGCGGGGCAGCUGAAGGACCCCGGCACGCCCGACCAGUUCCUGCAGAACUUCCUCAAGGGCGAAGUGCAGUUCGGCUCCUGGUUCGACCACAUUAAAGGCUGGAUCCGGAUGCAGGGCAAAGAGAACUUCCUGUUCAUCACCUACGAGGAGCUGCAGGAGGACCUCCCUGGCGCGGUGCAGCGCGUGUGCCGGUUCCUGGGCCGGCAGCUGGGCGAGGAGGCGUUGGGCUCGGUCGUGGCGCAUUCGGCCUUCGACGCCAUGAAGGCCAACACCAUGUCCAACUUCUCGCUGCUGCCGCCCAGCCUGCUGGACCAGCGCCGCGGCGCCUUCCUGCGGAAAGGGGUCUGCGGAGACUGGAAGAACCACUUCACGGUGGCGCAGAGCGAAGCCUUCGACCGCGUCUACCGCGAGCAGAUGCAGGGGAUGCCGACCUUCCCCUGGGACGAGGACCCCGAGGAUGCCAGCCCGGACCCCGCCCCCAGCCCCGAACCCAGCCCCAGCCCUAAUCAGGCCUCCGAGCACCCGCAUCCGUGA